UUUCAUAUCAAACCAAUGGCGACACCGUCGUCGUCAUUCUCCGUCUUACUCCUCCUCGCCGCCGCCAUCUGUCUCAUCCUUCUGCCUGAUUCUGCUCACGCCACCCCAGUAGAUUUCCAAUACUGCGUUGACGAAGUCUUGUAUAGAGUGAGUGUUUACGAAGUUGACAUCACUCCCUAUCCCGCGGUUCUCAAAAAGCCAAUUACUUUCAACAUCUCAGCAUCCACUGUUGUGAAUAUCCAAGCCGGAGAAGUGGAGAUGGAGGUUUACGAUGGAAAGAUCCGUCUCUAUUCGGGAACUACAGAGCUCUGCAAGGGCGAUAUCCACUGUCCUAUUCUUCCUGGCUACUUCGAUUUAUCUGAAGUCCGAACUAUUAUGCUCCCAUCAGGCCCUUUCUACACAGUGAAGAUGACGUUGAGGGAAACUGGUAGAUUUGAGCUGACUUGCAUCAGCUUCAAACUUCCCUCUCGGUUUGUUCCCCUCCGUGCUCAGUGAAUAAAGUGGGCCGAUCCUGCUUCAGCUUGCAUGGAUUGGUGGGCCCUUAACGUUGUUAUUCCGUAGUCGGGCUUAUUGUGAAGCCCAUAUACUAGGAAAUUAAAGAAGCCCGGCCCGAGUGGGGAGGUUUGUCCCUCCUCUACAAGAUUGGUCGGUUGAUUCUUCUUCAUGUUUACUUUCCUGGCUCUUUGAUGUUGAUCGCUGAUUACCAAGCAAUAAAAUAAAAAUA